AUGUCCGACUCAGACUCAAGCGACGCUAGCCAGUUCGGCUGGGCUCUCCGUGUCAACGGCUCCUGCCUCGACAUUGAGGAGGACUGCGGCAUGACCAUCGAGCCGUACCGAGUCUGCUGUCCCGGGGGUUCGUACUGCCCAAACGCCUACAACGUCGCCUGCUGCCCGUCGGGAUCGAACUGCACCGAAGCGCUGCAGGCCACGCCGCACUGCGCCAACGAGACAUGGGAUCUGUAUAUCAACGGCGGCUACUUUUGCUGCGAACACGGCUCGAUCGGGUAUGCCACGGACACGGAUUCGAACGGGUGCGGAGAUCCGGGGUAUGAGCUGGCGGAGGGCGAAUCGACUCUGCCGAUUAUCCACACGGGGACUGUCACAACAAGCACACCGGCACCAACAUCAAACUCGCCGGUGACAGCAACCGACGACGGCUCAUCCUCAACACCAACAUCGUCAUCGAAUUCGAACAGUUCCAGCUCGAACUCAGAUUCAAAUACUGGCGCGAUAGCCGGCGGCGUGGUCGGCGGUGUCUGUGGCGCAGCGAUUAUCGCAGUCCUGGUCUGGCUCUUGAUCCGCACGCGGCGGAAGCAGCAGACGCAAGACGCAACGAACCAGGGCAUGGUGCCAGCCUCUGAGCACUUCAACAAGGUUGGGCCGCCGCCGCCGCCCGUGGAAAUGGAGGCGGAUCGGUAUGCAGAGCUCUCAGCGGGGGACCAUCGGACGGUUGCUGAGUUGCCUGGGUAUUAUGGGAAAUAA